AUAAGGCCGCUUUGCGCAUGUGUACUGUAUAGCCCGAAUCCCUCAUAUCAGUACUGGGCGCAUUAUCUGUUUGUAAUAAAAGUACAGAAAUGAAUGGCGGGAAUUGAGAGCCUCCGCUUUCUGUUCGUUGCGAAUGUCGACAGAACACCGGUAGAAGCGAAAAUAACUAAUAAAAUAAAUUGAUGUUGAAUAAAGAAAAAAAGUCCCUAAUUUUGUUCGUAGAAUUUUAAAGAUUAUAAUGAAUUGCAUACUUUAAAGCCAAGAGGAUAGCCCAACAUGUUAUGCUAGUAAACAAACAGUUGCAAACAGAUUUAAUUUAUUUUCUAAGCUACUCAUAAACUAAUAAUGACGAUGAAUUCAUGUUUUAAACCACUACGACUUGGUAUGACUGAAAGUGUCCACUCAGCGGCGCCAUUUCUCUGAAACAGCUCCAUCUAUUUUUAACUGAGCCCUCUGAGUGUCAUGUUCCCCCCAUGUUAGCUGUCCCGUGUCACUCCGUCCCCUCCAGCCUCGCCAUGUUGUCGGGUUAAAUCUGUCGCCCCACUUUUAUGAUUUUUAUCGUAGUAAAUCUCUGAUUGUGCCGGUGUCAGCUAUCAAAGAGUCAAGAUGUCGAAUGUGUCUUACCACAUCUCCAACCUGUUGGAGAAAAUGACAUCGACUGACAAAGACUUUAGGUUCAUGGCCACCAACGACCUGAUGCUGGAGCUGCAGAAGGACAGCAUCAAGCUGGACGAGGACAGCGAGAGGAAGGUGGUGACCAUGCUGCUCAAACUGCUGGAGGACAAGAACGGAGAGGUGCAGAACCUGGCUGUGAAAUGCCUGGCUCCUCUGGUGAGCAAAGUGAAGGAGCCUCAGGUGGAGACGAUGGUGGACACGCUGUGCUCCAACAUGAUUUCGGACAAAGAGCCGCUCCGGGACAUUUCCAGCAUGGGGCUGAAGACGGUGAUUGCAGAGCUGCCACUGUCCUCCUCAGGUUUGUCACUGACAGUUGGUGUGUGUAAGAAGAUCACCUCCCAGCUGAUCGGGGCCAUGGGGAAACAGGAAGACGUGUCCGUUCAGCUGGAGGCUCUUGACAUCCUGUCGGACAUGUUGGGAAGGCUGAGUGGUGCUCUGGUGGGUUUCCACAGCUCUCUGCUCUCCAGCCUGCUGCCUCAGUUAACCAGCUCCAGGAUGGCGGUCAGGAAGCGCUCAAUCAUGGCUCUCGGUCAGCUGGUGCCAUGCUGUAGCCCCGCCCUCUUCUCCCAGCUGACCGAACACCUGCUGACAGAACUAUCCAAAGCCCCGCCCACCUCAAUGACCAGGACGUACAUCCAGUGCCUGGCGACCAUCAGCCGCCAGGGCGGACAUCGAGUUGGUGAGCAUUUAGUGAAGCUGAUCCCCAUGGUGGUGAAGUUCACCGGUGUGGAGGAUGACGAGCUGAGGGAAUACUGUUUUCAGGCAUUUGAAGCUUUCAUACGCAGGUGUCCAAAAGAGAUGUCACCCCACGUUGCCACAGUAACACAGCUUUGUCUUAAGUUCAUGACCUUUGACCCAAACUAUAAUUAUGAUGAAGAAGAGGUGGAGGAUGAAGACAGCAUGGACAUAGAGGACGGGCUUGAUGAAGAGUCAGAUGAUGAGUACAGCGACGAUGAUGACAUGAGCUGGAAGGUGCGGCGCUCGUCCAUCAAAUGUCUGGAGGCGUUGGUCAGCACUCGCAGAGACCUCCUCCUCUCUUUCUACUCCUCCGUCUGCCCCGCUCUGCUCGCUCGCUUCAAGGAGCGUGAGGAGAAUGUGAGGGCGGACGUCUUCGCCGCUUUCUCCACGCUGCUGAGGCAAACCCGUGCGGGAUCGAGUCACCACGGAAACAUCAUGGCCGGAGCAGACUCAAGUGUGAGCAGGGAGGAGGAGCCAGCGGUUGCCAUGCUGAAGAAACAGGUACCUGUGAUAGUGAAAGCUCUGCACAGACAGCUGAAGGAGAAGAGCAUCAAAUCUCGACAGGGCUGCUUCUGUCUCCUCACGGAGCUGGCUCACACCGUACCUGGAGCUCUGGAGCCACACAUACCUGCACUAAUACCAGGGAUUGUCUUCUCACUGACAGACAGGUCGACCUCCUCCACCAUGAGGAUCGACGCCCUCUCCUUCUUCAACGUCCUCCUCCUCACUCAUCCUCCUCAAUCCUUCCAGCCUCACAUGCAGGUGCUGCUGCCCCCGGUGGUGGCGUGUGUGGAGGACACCUUCUACAAGAUCACCUCCGAGGCUCUGCUGGUCACACAGCAGCUGGUCAGAGUGAUGAGGCCGCAGGGACAGAACGCCACUGCUGCAGUAUUCGACCCAAAGCCGUUCGUCAGAGAGGUGUUUUCUGUGACCCUGAAGAGGCUGAAAGCCACAGACCAUCGACAGGAGGUGAAAGAGAGGGCUAUCUCCAGUAUGGGUCACAUGGUGUGUCACCUUGGCGAUCACCGGGGGCGGAGCUACAGGUGUGUUUUGGCGAUCUCUGAGAGGUUAAAGAAUGAGAUCACGAGACUGACAGCAGUGAGGACCAUAACACUCGUCUCUGCUUCUCCAUUGAAGAUCGACCUGUCGUCCAUACUGGCUGACACUCUCUCCACGUUGGGAUCCUUUUUGAGGAAGAACCAGCGAGCUCUGAAGCUCUGCACACUGGCGUGUCUGACCGCGCUCGUCUCUCAUCAUGCUGCGGGCAUCAAACCUGCAGCUCUGGAGCCCGUGCUGAGUGAGCUCCCCGCUCUGGUGGACGAGAGCGACAUGCACGUAUCACAGGUGUCUGUCUCCCUGCUGACCUGUCUGGCCAAAGCUUGUCCGUCCUCUCUGACAAAGAUCAGCUCCUCCGUGCUGUCAGGCGUCCUCAGACUCGUUCACUCUCCGCUGCUGCAGGGUGGAGCGCUCACGGCCAUACUGGACUUCCUGCAGGCUCUGGUGCUCUCCAAAACCAGCAACAUGGCUUCAGUCAGUUUGCUGAAGGCACUCAUGGGCUCCGUUCAGAGCUCUCAGUGCUCGGUGGACGGCUCCGUCCCCCACAGACAGUCCUCCUGUCGUGGCUCGCUGUGUGGCGCUCUGUGCUCCUCCUGCCCAAAAACAGAGGCUCCAGGCACCGUCACCUCACUCCUGCAGGAGGUGAAACAUCCCGGCUCUCCUGAAUCCGCUCGGGUCCUGGCUCUGCUGUGUCUGGGAGAGGUGGGAAGGAGCGGCAGUCUGGGAGGGAGUAAGGAGGUGCAGGGAGUCAUCCUGGAGGCCAUCUCCUCCACCAAUGAGGAGGUGAAGACGGCGGCGUCCUGCGCGUUAGGCAGCAUGGCGGUCGGCAGCCUGAACGACUACCUGCCCUUCCUACUGAAGGAAAUCUCCUCUCAGCCCCGCAGACAGUACCUCCUGCUCCACUCUCUGAAGGAGGUCAUAAGUGCCUGUCCGGCCUCUAGUCUAUCGCCCCAUGUGGAGUCCAUCUGGUCUUUGCUGUUUCAGCACUGUGAGUGUCAGGAGGAGGGGACCAGGAACCUGGUGGGGUGUUUGGGAAAGCUCACCUUAGUGAACCUUGAGCAGCUUUUACCUCGUCUGAAGCAGCAGCUGAGAGCAGGUUCUCCUCUGGCUCGCAGCACCGUGGUGACAGCUGUAAAGUUCACCAUCGUUGAUCAGCCGGCUCCCAUCGACGCCCUGCUGAGCUGCAUAGGUGACUUCCUGAAGAUGCUGCAGGACGAGGACAUCAACGUGCGCCGUGUCGCUGUCAUGUUCAACUCUGCGGCUCACAACAAACCACUGAUCCGCGGCCUCCUAACAACUGUGCUGCCUCACCUGUACAAGGAGACCCAGAAGAAGGACCUCAUCAGAGAGGUGGAGAUGGGUACGUUCAAACACACAGUGGAUGACGGUCUUGAUGUUCGUAAAGCUGCGUUCGAGUGCAUGUACACUCUGCUGGACAGCUGCCUGGAGGGGCUGGAUGUCCUGCAGUUCUUGGAUCAUGUAGAGGAAGGACUCAAAGAUCACUACGACAUCAGGGUGAAUGCUGACUUCCUGAUGUUAGCCAGGCUGGCGUCUCUGUGUCCGGCUGCUGUCCUCCAAAGACUGGACAGACUGUCGAAACCUCUGAAGGCCACCUGCACCACCAAGUUAAGGCUGGGGUCUGUGAAGCAGGAGUUUGAGAAGCAGGAAGAGCUUCGGCGCUCUGCCAUGCGAGCUGUCGCCGCCCUGCUGGCAGUCCCAGAGGUGGAGAGGAGCCCCAGCAUGGCCGACUUUGCCAACCAGAUCAGAACCAAUGCUGACAUGGCGUCCAUCUACCAGAGCGUGCAGGGAGGGGAGGGAGGAGGCAUGGCGCCGGCAGAGAGCAUGGACGUCAGCUUGAACAAUGAACGCUUUAAGGAAAGGGUUUUAUCAUGAUGUUACUUUUAAAAGAUGGGCGUGAAAAAUACAGGAAAUAAAACAACUUGAGAAUGAAAUCA